AUGCUGUGGCCCCUCUCAUCCAAGUCAACCGUUGCUUCCACGCAACCCGGCAGGAUGACUCCCAGGAUCACAAACCUAUAUGCCAUUUGCGGCCUCUGCACCCUCGGCGGCUUGCUGCAGGGCUUUGGCGUCUCGUCCCUGUCGGCUAUUUUAGCAACAUGGCAGUACAAGGACUACUUUGACAACCCAGAAUCAGUCACUCAAGGCGGCAUCAUGGCUUCCUUGGCUGGCGGAUGUCUGGUUGGCGCACUUGUUUCGUCUUAUAUUGGCGACCAUUUAGGUCGUCGAGACUCUAUGAUGGUUGCCUGUGUCAUCUUCAUCGCAGGCUCUGCUGUCAUGUGCGCCGUGCAAGACAAGACCAUGCUUAUCAUUGCCCGGAUUGUCAAUGGCUCAGGUGUUGGCCUACUCACUAGCCAAGGGCCCAUCUAUAUCGCGGAAAUGAGCCCAGCAAAUAUGCGAGGCAGACUCAUUGCCAUGCAACAGUGGAUGAUUACGUGGGGCAUCCUCAUCAUGUACUAUGUUUCUUACGGAGCCUCGCGCAUUGACUCAACUGCUGCCUUUCGACUUCCAUGGGGUCUGCAGAUUAUCCCUGCCUUGGUGCUGCUCUUCUGCCUGCCCAUGAUGCCCCGGUCCCCAAGAUGGCUUGCUACCAAGGGCCGCUGGGACGAGACCUUGGAGGUUUUGGCCAUGGUUCGCGCCAAAGGUGACAAGACUGACGCAAACACUCUUGCUGAGUUGCAAGACAUCAGAGAUAGAGUCGAGCAAGAAAACAGUUACAAGUCUACCUCUUGGGGCGAACUCUUCACCCGUCGCAACAUUGUGCGUCUCCACGUCGCCUUCUUCACCCACAUCUGGUCACAGUACAGUGGUGUCAACGCCCUCAUGUACUACAUUGUCUACAUUUUCCAGAUGGCCGGCCUUUCGGGCACGACGAACCUCACCAUUUCUAGCAUUCAAUAUGUCAUCAACGUCGUCAUGACUGUACCGACGCUAGUCUUCUCCGACAAGUUUCCCCGACGCAAAGUCAUGAUGACUGGUAGCCUUCUCAUGGCCAUCUUGCAUUUCACCAUGGCUGCCGUCAUGGCUACGAACGGCCAUCCCGUCCCCGGGGGGCUCGAGGGCACGCCCACCGUUACCUGGACACUAUACGCUGGACGCGCCAGCCAGGCCAUUAUUGCUUGCAGUUAUAUUUUCACAGCUACUUAUGCAUUGACCUGGGGCCCUAUGGGCUGGAUAUAUCCUUCCGAAAUCAUUCCGCUGUACAUUCGAUCCAAAGCCGUUUCGUUGGCGACUCUCUUCAACUGGGGCUGCAACUUUAGCCUGACCUUUUUUACCCCGACGGCGUUCCGCAACAUCCAGUGGCGUUUUUACAUCAUCUUCGGAUCUUUUUGUGUCGGUGCCUUUGUUCACGUCUUUUUCUUCUUCCAAGAGACGCAAGGCCGUUCAUUGGAAGAAAUGAAUGACAUUUUCGACAACAAUACGUUUGCCUUUGGAAAAAUUCAAAACGAUAGCCACGAUUUCCGAAAGCGCGUACGAAAAGCGGGAGAGAGACUUGAGUACUCUCCACCAACGUCAGAAGUCGCCGAGCUGGGGCUGUCUGACCGAAACUAA